UACAAAACAUACAGACGCCCAGACCUCCAAUCAUGGCUACGGUGGAAGCCAACUUUUCCUCGGCCUUGGCCACUUGGAAAGAGAUCGACCUAGCGGAAACGCAGAAACAGCUCGAUAAGACCGCCCUGGAGCUAGUAGAAUCACAGAAGGAGAAUUUGGUCGGGAGGAAGAAGCUGGCGGAGCAGACGAGAGAAUUCAAGAAACUUCCUGACGAACCCGAGAAAUUCAACGCCAUCAAGACCCUCUUGAAAGCCUACCAAUCCGAGAUCGACUCUCUCACCCGUCGCUCCAAGUCUAGCGAGACGGCCUUCUUACACGUCUACAAGCUUCUCGCCGAAGCCCCCGAUCCUUACCCUUUACUCGAUGCCGCUGUGGACCAGACGAUCAAAGCCGCCCAGUCCGACUUGCUCUCCUCCGAAGUAGACCGGCUCAAGGAGGAGAAUGGGGAGUUGAAGAACAAGCUCGGGGAACUGGGGAAUGUGGAUGAAAGAAGGAGACGGGCGGAAGGGAGAGCGGAAGAGUUGGAGGAUAAGAUGGAAGGGAUGUUAAGCGAGAGGGUGCAGCAGAAGGAGAAUGAGUUGAAUGCCAAGUAUGAUGAGCGGAUGAAGAAUUAUGAGCAGAGGGAAAAAGAUCUACAAAAACAAGUCACAUCCCUACGCGACCAGCUCAAAGACCUCCACACCAGUAACGAAUCCACCCAAGCCAAGCUCGUCAAUGCCAGUCAACGUCAAGACCAGGACACGCUGGCCAAGCUCGCCGAGGUGGAUAUGGUCGUCUCCGACCUGGCUCGGGCAAAUGAGAGGGUAGCGGCGAUGGAGAGGAGGAAUGAGAUGUUGAGGAGCGAGAUUGAGAGCGUGAGGAGCGGGAGCGAGGGGGUGGAAAAGACCAAACGCCUCGAAGCUCAGCUCGCCGAUUCCGAAUCCGAAUGCGCUCGACUCCUCCGAACACUGGACCAAGCCAAAGCCGAGCGAGAGAGGGUGGAGACCGAGUCGGCUAAACGGAAGGAAGAGGUCGAGAGGGAGUUGACGACGACCAAGAACGAGCUGGAUACGGCGAGGAGCAAGAUCAAGCUUUAUGCCGAUUACGACGAGAUCAAGCGAGAAUUGGAGAUCAUGAAGUACGUCGAAUUCUCUGGCGGCGACAUGGAUCAGGACGACGACUCGAUGCGUCUUCCGGAUCCCAACGCCGACAAGGCCAACGCGCAACACGGCCGGUCGCUAGAGAACCUCUUGGCCAGCAAGAACAAGCGUCUACAACAAGACCUCACCGAACUCCGGGUCAACAACGAAGAGCUCGGUCAGAUGAACGACGACCUCACCGACAGGUUGUUCAGCGUACAGAGCGACCUGGCUAGGUUGAAGACGUUGAAUGAAAAGCUGGAGAAUGAUCUGAUGAGGGUGGACAAUGCCGGUGGGAAGAGCGUAUUCGGAGGCGGGGCAGGGAGUCAAUGGGGCGGCGGGAGCGCGUGGAAUGGAGGGUUCCCUAGUCCUACAGCGGGAGGUGAUGGGGAGGGUAGCGAUGCUGGCAGUGUUGGCGGUGGGAUCGCUACGCCUGCCAAGUCUCGUGGUCUAGCCGGUCUAGACCUGGGUGGUAGGAAGUUGACGGACUCUCCUGUACCAUCGAGCACGAACGCUGGUGGUUUGUCGACUCCCGGCGGGGGACCAGGGGACAACAACGCCAACUCGCUCUUGCCGAUCGUGACCAGCCAGCGGGAUCGAUUCCGUCAACGAAACUCGGAGCUCGAAGAGGAAUUGCGUAAACAAUCCGAAGGCCUCGCCGACCUCCGGGCGGAGAUCAAGACGCUCCAAUCUGACAACCUCAAGUUGUACGAAAAGGUCCGGUACAUGCAGUCGUACGCGAACACGGGGCCGAACGCUGCAGCGGGACCUUCCGGUUCCGGAACAGCUGGAUAUUCUCUGGGUGGGGUAUCGCAGGGUGCUGCAGGAACAGGUGCGAGUGGUAGUGGGUCAGCGGGGUUGAAUGGAGGCAGGUUUGGGAGGUUGGGCAAGGACGAUGUCGAAUUGGGGAGGUAUCGGGACAAGUACGAUGAGAGCUUGAACCCUUUCGAGGCUUUCAAGGGGAGGGAAGCACAACGAGCGAUCUCUGCUCUAAACCCGAUAGACCGGGGCGUAUUCGCCCUCACGCGAGCGGUCGUCGGGAACAAACGCGCUCGAUCGUUGUUCAUCAUGUACAGCGCGGCACUGCACUGUCUGGUGGUCUUUGUGCUCUACAAUUGUAUGGGAGGAGAAUCUAUGGGUCGGAGUUCGGGGCCGAUACCGAUCGAGCCGAUUCAUCAAUAAGGGAUGGAUCGGCUGGCCCUCUCCAGUCUACAGUCGGAUCUCUUAUAGGAAUAGACGGCCGUCUUCUUGUAUUAUACCAAGUAUGCUUUAUUGCAACCGCUAGAAUAAUGAUUUACUCACA